CCCGCCUCUCGGCGGGGAUCGUCGCCGGGGUCUUGCGCCUGGGCUGGCGGAGAGGAAGGAGGCGGCGGCCGAGGAGGAGGCGGAGGCUGGCCGGGGAGCCCCGGCGGACGGGCAGCCGGGCGGGCGGGCGCGCGGGCCAUGGAGCGCUGGAAGGGCCGCGUGGCGCUGGUGACGGGCGCCUCGGUGGGCAUCGGCGCGGCGGUGGCGCGGGCGCUGGUGCAGCACGGCAUGACGGCGGUGGGCUGCGCCCGGAGCGUGGACAAGAUCGAGAAAUUGGCUGCUGAGUGUCAGAGUGCUGGCUACCCGGGCACCCUCAUCCCGUACAAGUGUGACCUCUCUGUUGAAGAAGAGAUCCUCUCCAUGUUCUCAGCCAUCAAGACCCUUCACCAGGGAGUUGAUGUCUGUAUCAACAACGCUGGCUUGGCCCGGCCAGAGCCCUUGCUCUCUGGCAGGACCGAGGGUUGGAGGACGAUGAUUGACGUGAACGUGAUGGCUGUGAGCAUCUGCACCCGGGAGGCCUAUCAGUCCAUGAAGGAGCGAAACAUCGAUGAUGGCCAUAUUAUUAACAUUAACAGCAUGAAUGGCCACAGCGUGGUCCCUCAGUCCGUCGUGCAUUUUUACAGCGCCACAAAAUACGCCGUCACGGCGCUGACUGAAGGGCUGAGGCAGGAGCUCAGGGAAGCAAAGACACACAUACGUGCCACGUGUAUCUCUCCGGGACUGGUAGAAACUGGAUUCGCUUUUAAACUCCACGAUAAUGACCCAGAGAGAGCAGCAGCGACGUACGAGAGCAUUAGGUGCCUAAAAGCAGAAGAUAUGGCCAACGCCGUCAUAUAUGUGCUCAGUGCUCCACCUCACGUGCAGAUUGGUGACAUUCAGAUGCGGCCUACCGAGCAGGUAUCAUAGCAAACAGAAGAGGAUUUGCUGCUGGUGCGGCACAGCAGAGGGUACGGAGCGCCAUUGAUCCGCUCAGGGUUUUCCUUCUGUGACAUUUUAAGUGCUGCAAUAGGAAGAAUUGAUCCUCCCUCUCCCCCAUUACUCUCCCAUUUUGAGCCAACGUCAGCUGAGCAGAAACUCAAAAUGGAAAGGCACUGUUGAUUGCGGAAGUCUUCUCCACCGUGCUCCACCUCAUGCGGAAGUAGCAGAGAAGCCGAUCCCAGAAUCCAACCUCAACUGACUUCAGGGAUGUGGGAGCUUAGGAUGUCCAAGACGGCCUAGCUGGCUUUUGAUGUAUGACUUACCAGCUUCCCUCCAUUGCUGAAUUGCUGCCAACACUUCCCUGUAAAUGCCACGUGGAGCAUUUUUUCCUCAUUGCUCUUUGCUACCACCCCAAACUCUCAAAACAAGCCGUGGUUUCUGUGUCUCUCUCCAAUCCGUCUGUGAUGAGCACUGCAACAAUUCCCUCUUUGGAACCGCAGGUGCUGAGGAUUCGCCUUAAUAUCCAUUUGGCUAGAAAGAUGUUUGAGCCAGGAGUCACCAUUUUCUGCCGCAGAACGGCUCUGUUUCCCACCGCUGCUUUCACUGUUGCGACUUCCUUUCCAAAAUAGAAUCCUGGGAAGUGUAGUUUGGAGAAAGGGGUAAUGGUGCUGUUAGCGACCUCUUAACAAUUCCCCAAUCACAAAAGUACGCUUCCCAGGGUUCCUAGGGAAGAUGGGGGAUGGCUAUUAAACCAAAUUGUCUGUGG